GAAGAAUUAGAACAUUGGUGGGAGUUGCAAAAACACACACGUUUGGGCAAAGCGUGUGGUGGUUUCCGAAAAGUAGAAGGCAACAGCUGUUACACGAAGGCACUAAUUUUCAAUUUCGGGGCAUCGUUGGCACUGUACCCCCUUUCCCCUUCCUUGUCACCGAAGCCAUCACUCGCCAUUAUUGUUGCUACUCAACCACCCAACCUUUCUUCUCCAAUCAUCUCUCUUCUCUCAUUCAAUUUUCCCGGAUCUACUCCAUUUUUCGCCAUCCCUUUUUCUGGCUAGGGUUUACGCCUUUUGCUGAUCUCAAUUACAGAAGAGAGCUUGGCCAGAAUGGGGGUACUGGCUCCGGUUUUCUUCUAUGUUAUCGCUUUCUUAUGCACCGUUGGAGCCGUCGCUUUGGCGAUUCUUCAUAUAUACAAACAUCUUCUCAAUUACACUGAACCUACUUACCAGCGUUACAUUGUUCGGAUCGUUUUCAUGGUUCCGGUUUAUGCUCUGAUGUCAUUUAUGUCCCUUGUUUUACCGGGGAGUUCAAUCUAUUUUAAUUCAAUCCGGGAAGUCUACGAAGCUUGGGUCAUUUACAAUUUCCUGUCACUUUGUCUAGCAUGGGUUGGUGGUCCUGGAUCAGUUGUUAUAAGUUUGAGUGGCCGGGUUAUGAAACCAUCAGUUUGUCUGAUGACUUGUUGCUUUCCUCCCAUACCGUUGGAUGGGCGUUUCAUACGUAAAUGCAAGCAAGGGUGUUUGCAGUUUGUGAUCUUGAAGCCCAUUUUGGUCGUUGUUACACUUAUUCUCUAUGCUAAGGGGAAAUACAAGGAUGGAAUUUUCAAUCCAAAGCAGUCAUACUUGUAUCUUACAAUCAUCUAUACGUUCUCGUAUACAAUGGCCCUCUAUGCUCUUGCACUGUUUUACGUGGCAUGCAAGGAUCUGCUUCAGCCAUUCAAUCCUGUCCCAAAGUUUGUUAUCAUAAAGUCUGUUGUAUUCUUGACUUAUUGGCAGGGGGUGCUAUUCUUUCUUGCUGCAAAGUCGGGAUUCAUCAAGGAUGCUGAUGAAGCUGCUCUACUUCAAAAUUUUAUCAUUUGUGUUGAGAUGCUUAUUGCUGCUGUGGGCCACUUUUAUGCAUUUCCGUACAAAGAAUAUGCUGGGGCUAAUAUAGGGGGAUCACGUGGUUUUUCUGCUAGCCUUGGGCAUGCUGUGAAGUUGAAUGACUUUUACCACGAUACAGUCCACCAGUUCGCACCAACAUAUCAUGAUUAUGUUCUCUAUAACCACAGUGAAGGGGAAGAAGGAACAAGGAAGUACAGGUCAAGAACAUUUGUUCCAAUUGGCCCAGAGAUGGAUAAUGUGAGAAAAAAUAAGCAUAUAAUUGGCAAUAAGGUAGAUGACAUACAGCUGGUAAGCUUAUCUUCUACUAGUAGCACUCCCUCAAAUUCUGUCUCAUUGCCUGAUACUUCAAACUCUGAUGCACUCAAAUCAUCCUUGCUUCUGGACGUCUCCAAUUCUGGGUCCAUACCAUAUGAUCUGACGCUUAUUGACUUGGAUGUAUCCGGUUACCCUGAAAAAGUUCCUGCAGCUGAUAAUGCUGAUGCUAGGCGAUGAUCAUAAGGAACAUUAAGAACUAAGUUGGUUGGGUAAAUGUUAUUGCUAUAGAGAGGGUAUGGGCAUCCAACAUUUUUUGACUCGGAGUGAACUAUGAUCCAAGUGUUGUUUCUUACAUUCCAGGAAAGGAUUUAAGCAGACCGUUUGCCACCAUACAGCGUGUCAAUCUAUAUUAAAAAAUCCGUUGUCAGCUCCAUUCCCAAGCAAACAAAACAGUCCUUGUUAUUGGUCUUGGUCUUCAUUCUGUAAUUGUCUGUGUUGGUUGUGUCCUAUCACCUAUGUGCAAUUGUAGAUACAGAACUUGUUUGUUGACAUAUGAGAAUUUCAAAAUCGACUGAUACUCAAGAAAUUUGACUUAGUAUUAAUUUAUUGAUUCUUUUCUUCUA